CCAAAUCCUAGGACCCACGGACAAGAAAAUCUACCAGUCGAUGACAGGAAGCAUCCUCUACCUGGCCCAGUGCACGCGAUUUGACCUCUCCUACGCUGCCCUACAACUCUCCAAGGCCUGCAGCAACCCAGCGCAGGUGAACAUGACAGCAGCUAAGCACGUUCUGCGAUACCUUUGGGGUAAUCCGGUUCUUCCUAUCGUCUACAAGGGAGGACAGUUUCGGCUAGCGGCGUUUACGGAUUCAUCCUUCGGAACAACCCCCGACAACGGAAGAUCUACCACGGGAUAUCUCUUUUUCCUGGCUGGGGGACUCAUCAGCUGCGGUGCGAAGACUCAAACUCUAACCGCGCAAAGCACGGUCGAAGCCGAGGUUCAAGCACUUAGCUACUCAGCCAAAGAGGCGGUCUAAAUUUCAAAUUUUAUGACGGAACUCAACUUCAAGACCUUCGGAUCGGUUCCCAUCAACAGCGACAGCACCGGAGCGCUGACAGUGGCCGGGAAUGCCAUGCACUCUCAACGCACGAAGCACGUGGCCCUGAGGUACUUUUUCAUCCGGGAGCUAGUACUACGGGGACAAAUCACUCUUCACCACCGGCCCAGCGAGCACCAGUUGGCUGAUAUCGCGACCAAGUACCUCCCAAAGCACCGAUUCGCCUCCAUCAUUCAGCAGAUCAAGGACUUCUCGUGUUGAUCGAAGAUCUGUGAAGCUUCUUUCCAUACCCGCCAUACCAGAAGGAAUUUAUUUUCGACACGAUGCCAACGGAGGGGUCGAGGUAGACGAGGAUAUGGUGAUGCCGUCGACCAUUGUGAAUUAGUUGCUUGAUC